AUGGACCGCCGCGUUGGUGAUGCUCGCUUGUACGCGUCUAGCUCGCGAUUACCGGUCCUGUCACCGUCCUCGCCCGUCCCUUCGAGCGAAGCAGGCGAGAUCGAGGAGGCUAGGGCCGGCUUGCUUGGGCAGCGGUACUGGGCAGGGCUGCAGGCACGGAAGGUUAGAGCACAGGAGCGAGGCGAGACGGACGAGUUGGAUGCGGACCUUUCGAGCGAGGACGAACUCGCCAUGUCUCCCGUUCGUCUCCAAGCAUACACCCUCGCUUCGUCGGCCGAAAGGCGUCGCCGCGCCCCAUCCCCAUCUCUCGCUGUACCCGCUUGUCGCCGCCCCUCUUCCAGUCGAACACGCUCGCCUUCACCUCGCCCAUCGCCCGAACCUUCUCUCCCGCACCCCGACGAGGUUCUGCGAAAGCAAAGUCGAUCUGCUUCACCCGCACUCUCGGAUGCCUCGUCCCAUGUCCUCGACAUCAUUGCACGACCGCGCAAACCCGUGCAGAGUCGCCCGAGUCGGUCUCCUUCGCCGUCGGACACUCGAACAACGACGCCACCGCCUCGUAAACGACCCCGCACAGCAACGCCUCCUCCUUCAUCCUCGCCUCGCGCCUCUUCUCCCGUGGACAUUCCUCCGGAUGCCGCACAUCUCGUCGCCGGCCGCGCCCUCCGCACUCGCACCGUCGCUCAACUGAAGCCCUACUCGGUUGAGCAGCUAAAGUACACCAAGACGCUGCUGAAGAAUGGAUGGGAGGGUGCUGUCGUGCGGACGAAGCGUCCAGUUGAGGAAACGGCUGAGGAACUCCAACGGAAGAAGGAGGAGCUCGCGAGGAAACCGAAGGAUAGUCUAGGAGGCUGGCUCGUCAGCGACGAGGAGAACGGGACCGGCGACAGUCUGCCUCGUUUGCAGGACCGCUCGUUAGGGAGUGCGGAUACGUCGAGUGGGUUGCAAAGCGACGAAGACGGCAUGUCCCUGCUUGAGCGGGAGGCCAGGCGGAAGGAGCGGAUGGAGCUGACGGUGGCAGCAGCAAUGGGCGGGAACGGCAAGAAGCGUCCCUACUCGCCUCACCGACACGGUCCCUCUCGCAUCGACAACCCUCUUCGCCGCACGAAGGCGCCUCAAUCGCGCAAGAAGCGCCAUGGGGCUGCCGCAUCAGACGACGGUUCCAGCGACUCGUCAACCGCCACAAUCACCUCUCCUCGACAAAAGCGUCAUCGACCUCGACGCGCCGAAAGUGCACCACCUUCUUCUUCGCCUGCCCACUCGCCUCGAAAAACGGACGGUACCAAGCGACGACGAGUUACCGACCGCCGUCGUUCCGGCUCGGCCACCGCAGCGUCUCGCCGACCAGCUUCUUCCGCACGACGGCAGAUUCGGGCGGAUAGCGAGCCUCCGACUUCUUCACCGGCUCGACAGCCUGUUGGCAUGGCGAAGAAGCCGCACAACAUGGCCAAGCCGUCCAGAUCGGUGCAUCGACGAGCUGGAUCCGGCGAGCGCAAUGCGCUUGACCGGGACAUCCUCAACUUGCCAUCACCGUCGCGGUGGAGAAGCGAUGGAGAUUCGGAGUUGCCGUCAGACGAGGAUGAGGAGGAAGACGAGGAGGAAGUCGGGGGUGACGAGGAAUCGCAGUCGCCCGACCGCCAGCUCGGCCCGUCCCGCCUCGAGCUCAGCCACAAGCGAAAACGCGCACUCGGCGCGAUGAUGCCCGCAGUCUUCCUCAAGAAGGCGGCGAAGGACCUUAAGCUCAUGGCGCGCGAGCGCGAGGUCGGCGAGUACUCGAGCGGAUCAGAGCUGAACUCGGGCGACGAGGAGGCAGUGGAGCGCGCGCGGAAGAAUCAAGCGAAGAAGCGGAUCGUACCAGGCGACGCGCCGAUGCGUUUCGAAGGGGCAGCGUUCACGGACGAAAGCGGCGACGAGCCCGACCGGUCAGACGAUGGAGUCGGCGACAAGGACGAGGAGGACGAGAACGACGCUGUUUCAUCAUGGCUGCAGUCCUUCGCGCCUAGACGGACAAACGCAGCGGAAGAGGAUAUCGUCGACCGCUUCCUCAAGCGGGCGAAGCGACCGCCGCCGAAGAAGCGGAAGGCCGGAAAGGCUGCCGAGUCUUGCGUUCGGCCUGCUGGCGAAGGCUCGACCAAGGAGAAGAAGGGAGGGCGGGAAGAGCGGGCGUCGCUCAAGGAGACCGGCAAUUACGUCGUUGGCUACCGUCCUCUCGAUGGUUCCGCUGCUAAAAAACGGAAGCCCCGCUCCGUCCCGCUCGACACCGACGACGUCAUCUUUGCCUUCGUGCGUCAGCAGGAGCUGUCGGUCGAGGGGAAGGACGACGACGACGACGUUGUGAUCGCCCCUCCGGUCAAGCCGCGAAGCGCGACAGAGCAGUCGCUGCCGAACCGAGUCUUCGCCAUGUCCACCGGCGCCCCUGUCGUAUCAGCGAACGACGUCCGGAACGACGAAGCCUGGGCGACGUUCGGCAAGUUCUCGCCCGACUUUGGACUCGACCGAUUGCCGCCUGGCAUCCGCUUUUCCUCACCCUCUUCCUUCAUCGCCAACGGCCAUCUUUACUCGCUCGUCAAGCCCGCAGACAACUCCGCUUCCGCUUCAUGCGACGUCUACGGCCUGCACCUCUCCUCCUCGACAUCGCUCGAACAGCUCGAGUCGCAUCUCCCGGCCAUCUGCGACGACAUCCUCGAAGACCUCGCUCGUCUGGGCAAGGAGGGCGAAGUACUCGAUUCUCUUGCCGACGUUGGGAAAGUCCUUCAGUACCUCGGCAAGCGUAUUGACGCGGCGACAGGAGCAGAAGCAGCCAAGACCGGUUCGGCUAUUUUAGCGAGCCUCGAACGCCUUGAGGGCCGACUGAACGCUAGUUCAGUGUUUCAAGCAGCUGGAAAGGAUUUUCGACGGGGUCGCGUCCUCGUGGGAUGGUACCUCGUCGACAUCGCCGCUCGCGUCCAACGGACGACAAGCGACGUCGUCGACGAACGCCGCCUUCAGCAACGUGUCAGGUCUCUUGUGCAGGACCUCCUUCGGCAUGGUCAAGAUCGCACAGUCAAGACGUUGAAGGCCGCGAGCAGCGGGGACAGGUUGGUUGCAGACGGGACAGUCGAGGCGUGGCUCGGCUUGAUCAGCUUGGCGCUCAAGUCCGACUCGUUCGGUCAGGCGGCUCUGACAGUCGACGUACUCUGGCGGAUUGUCGAGGAGGAAGUGCGGGCCGGCCUCUCCGCUGCCGCGCAGAAAGGUCCGGCCGGCGGCGAGAUCCUCGCCUACACCGUCUUGAUGCUGUGCACCAUCUCGCAAUUCUCGCCAUCCGGCGUCUCGACGUCGACUCCUCGUCUCCCCGCACACUGGCCGGCCAUCAUGGCGACUCUCGAUGUGAUUCAGCCCUCCGCCCUCGCAGCACCCGACUACAACCUCCCGACCACAGCAGUCGCCCGGCGCGAUCGCUACCUCUGGAUGCUGUUCGCUCGAUGCCUCAUUCUUGCCGAGCGGUGGGGCUGGCGGGUUGAUGUCAAGGACGACCUUCUCCCUCGACUCUUCGACCUGCUCAACGCGCGCCGACUCUCCGACCGCACGACUGAGACGAGCGGCGACUUUCCCGACUUCCUGCAAGACCUCAGCAAGUUUGGCGACACUCGCCUCGACCGUUCGAACGACACCGCCUUCGCAAUCUUCCUCAAGCUUGUCAUCGCAGCGGCGCAAGGCUUGCCAGCGAUUUCCGACGCAGACAAGCGACGUCGAGGCGCUCAGCUCACCCGCCUAUUCCUCCGCCUCUCGCCGAUGGUCUCGGCUGCGUGGUCACGACAGUCGGUCGAGCUGACUCGCAGCGGGUCCAUCCUGGUCAACCACUACUCGCUCGACAUCGCCUUCGCCAUGCUCCACCCUUCAGGUGCCGCUCAACGUGUCGAGCAUGCUCGUCGCCUAAUCUCCUUUGCCGACGUCGACGAGGACGCGCGUCGAACCUGCAUCCGCGCUGUCCUGUACUUCGCCGCCGCCUUCCGUCAUCACGACUUGCCGCUCAAGCCUAUCGUCGAGUGGCUCGCCAGCAUCGCCGAUACGCUCAAGGGCGAGUACACCGAGAUCGAGCGGCAGCGGAGGAAGGAGGAGUACCGUCUUUCGAAGGACCGGUUGAAGUCAACGAGCGGGAAAGGCGACCCGCUCUGGCAGCGGGCUGUCCUUCUCACGAUGGUCUUGCGGUCGGUUCAGGUCAUCUUGCGGUUCAAGAAGGCGGGAGAUGCGGCGCCAUCCUAUCCCGACGUUGCCCUGCUUCAUCCUGCAUGGACCUCGCACCUGCUCGACUCGCCUCUCGCGCUCGACCCGAUGAUCGGCCGCGAAGCAAUCAAGGUCAUCGACUGCUUCCUCGACGUCCGGCGCGCCGCACUACCGCGCCAGAAAGCCAUUCAGGCUGCUAACGAUGAUGGUCAAGGCGAGAGUCAGGACGACUUUGGCACGUUCGACGACCUCGACUUUGACGACCCGACCUUGAACGCGAUGCUCGGUAUCGAAGGAGAUGCUGCCGGCGUUGGAGGUGGCGACGACGCGCUGCGCUCGGCGGACAAGGCUUGCGCCGAGCUGCUCAAGACGACCAUCACGCCCGCUUUCUUCCGCCUCGUCUCGAACAUCUUCGUCAGCUCGUCUGGCAGCAGUCCGACAAUCGCUGACCGGGUCAGCUACGCUCAGUACGCCGUCGAAUGUUGGGUGAGGUGUGCUGCUGUCGCAGUCGAGAACGGCGUAGGGGACUGGCGACCGUACCUGCAGUACGGCGCCCAAUCGUGGAAGCGGUUGAGUGACCCCGUCGGCCGCCGCGACAUCGGUCUCUUCCUGAUCAUCGAGAUCCUCAAGCAUGACCCGGCUGCGUACACCGUCUUCGCCGAGGACGUCCUCGAGAUCUGGUUCGAGUCGAUUGUUGCGCGCCGCCUCACCUCGCAGCACAUCCUCACCGAGACGCUGCUCAACGUCGACAUCGAGAACGUCGGUACCGUCUCGCCGCUGGUCGAAGGGCUGCCGUUCGACAGCUCCGCCUCAAGCGGGAGGAUCGAGGUCGAGCAGCUGGACCUUCUGGACAAGCGACCGGACCUGCUGAAGAUCGUCUUCGAAAACGCGGCUCGACUGGCGACGGCUUCGACUGCGUCGACUCUGCCGCCCUCGACAGGCCAGCUCCUUGGCCGUGCAGGCGCGGCGCCGCUUCGGCCGAGCGUUCCUCGUGGUACCAUCAUGAACCUGCUUCGGAGCAUGCUGGCGUCGCUGCGGGACAACCUGGCCGCCAUUCACGACGAGACGACACGCCGCAACUACUCGACCUUCGUCCGCUCGACGCUCGCGGCGCUCACGGCGGCCGGCGCUGUCCAGCCAAGCGGAUUCCAGCCCGGCAAGCGAGGGCCGUUCAACGAGACGACUUUGCCGGACAUCACCCUCCUCCGCUCUUCCGCCGCGGCGUGA